AUCUUCCCUCUUCCUCUCCUCUUCACUUUCAGAGCGCGAGCGAGCGAGCGAGCAACCUCCUCCCUUUUCCCCAUUCGCGCGUCAACUGUCGACUGCAACAAGGGAAGAUGGUGAAGAUCUGCUGCCUCGGAGCCGGCUAUGUCGGCGGCCCGACCAUGGCGGUCAUCGCCCUCAAGUGCCCCGACGUCGAGGUGGUCGUCGUCGACAUCUCCGCCGCCCGCAUCGACGCCUGGAACAGCGACGCGCUCCCGAUCUACGAGCCGGGCCUCGACGACGUCGUGCGCCGCUGCCGCGGGAGGAACCUCUUCUUCAGCAGCGACGUCGAGAGGCACGUCGGCGAGGCCGACAUCGUCUUCGUCUCCGUGAACACCCCCACCAAGGCCCGCGGCCUCGGCGCCGGCAAGGCCGCCGACCUCACCUACUGGGAGAGCGCGGCGCGGAUGAUCGCCGCCGUGGCGACGUCCGACAAGGUCGUCGUCGAGAAGUCCACCGUGCCGGUCAAGACCGCGGAGGCCAUCGAGAAGAUCCUCGACCACAACGGCCGCGACGGCGUCGGCUUCCAGAUCCUCUCCAACCCGGAGUUCCUCGCCGAGGGCACCGCCAUCCGCGACCUGCUCGCCCCCGACCGCGUCCUCAUCGGCGGCCGCGAGACCGCCGCGGGGCGCGCCGCCGUCCAGGCGCUCAAGGACGUGUACACCCGAUGGGUCCCCGAGGAGAGGAUCCUCACCACCAACCUCUGGUCCGCCGAGCUGUCCAAGCUCGCCGCCAACGCGUUCCUGGCCCAGAGGAUCUCGUCCGUCAACGCCAUGUCCGCGCUCUGCGAGGCCACCGGCGCCGACGUCGCCGAGGUCGCCUACGCCGUGGGCAAGGACUCCAGGAUCGGCGCCAAGUUUCUCAACGCCAGCGUGGGAUUCGGUGGCUCCUGCUUCCAGAAAGACAUCCUCAACCUGGUGUACAUCUGCGAGUGCAAUGGCCUCCCCGAGGUGGCCAACUACUGGAAGCAGGUUAUCAAGAUCAACGACUACCAGAAGAGCCGGUUCGUGAACCGCGUGGUGUCGUCCAUGUUCAACACCGUGGCCGGCAAGAAGAUCGCCGUGCUGGGCUUCGCCUUCAAGAAGGACACCGGCGACACCAGGGAGACGCCCGCCAUCGACGUCUGCAAGGGGCUGAUCGGCGACAAGGCCAAGGUGAGCAUCUACGACCCCCAGGUGACGGAGGACCAGGUCCAGCGCGACCUCGCCAUGAGCAAGUUCGAUUGGGAUCACCCGGUCCAUCUCCAGCCGAUGAGCCCCACGGCCAUCAAGCAGGUGUCCGUCGCCUGGGACGCCUACGAGGCGGCCAGGGCCGCCCACGGCGUCUGCAUCCUCACUGAGUGGGACGAGUUCAGGAGCCUCGACUACGCGAGGAUCUACGGGGGAAUGCAGAAGCCGGCGUUCGUGUUCGACGGGCGCAACGUGGUUGACGCUGAGAAGCUGAGGGAGAUUGGAUUCAUCGUCUACUCCAUUGGCAAGCCUCUCGAUGCCUGGCUCAAGGACAUGCCUGCUGUUGCCUGAAUAAUUAAACCUGUUCGUCGUCGGAGGAGGAGAUGCACCUUGUUAGAAUCUAUGAGCAACUAUUAUAUUGAUUGAUAGGGUUCAGCGUGUUAAACUUUAUAGUUGCCAUUUUAUCUUGUGCCAAAAAAACAAAACCGAAUAAUUCAGGAUGUCAAUCUUUGUAUCCAUUUUACAAUCUUAUAAGAAUGACAUGGCUGUAUACUGAUUGUGUCCUCA